ACGACAGUCCCGGCGCUUUCCGGCCGGCCUGGCGGGUGCUGAUGUGUCGGGGAGGCGGGGCUUAGGGGAGCCUCCCCUCGAGACGCCCCCUAGUUGGACGCUGUAGCCGGGGCGGUCUCACGUCCCCGAGGCCAUGGCGGUGUCUGCUCGGUCCGCGCGGUCCCCGCCCGACUCAGAUAAAGUACAGAAAGACAAGGCUGGACAGACCUCAGGGCGCCGUCAGGGCAGCCGAAUGAGGAAACUCUUGGGUUUUGAGUGGACAGAUGUGUCCAGCUGGGGGAGGCUGGUGACCCUGCUGAACAGACCAGCGGAUCCUGCAAGCCUGGCGGUCUUCCGUUUUCUCUUUGGGCUGAUGAUGCUGCUGGACAUUCCCCAGGAGCGGGGGCUCAGCUCCCUGGACCGAAGAUACCUGGACGGGCUGGAGGUGUGCCGCUUCCCCUUGCUGGACGGCCUGCAGCCACUGCCACUGGACUGGAUGUAUCUGGUCUACACCAUCAUGUUUCUGGGGGCACUGGGCAUGAUGCUGGGCCUGUGCUACCGGAUGAGCUGUGUGUUAUUCCUGCUGCCAUACUGGUAUGUGUUUCUCCUGGACAAGACGUCGUGGAACAACCACUCCUAUCUCUAUGGUUUAUUGGCCUUUCAGCUGACGUUCAUGGAUGCAAACCACUACUGGUCUGUGGACGGCCUGCUGAACACCCGGAAGCGCAACGCCCAUGUGCCCCUGUGGAACUAUGCUGUGCUGCGAGGCCAGAUCUUCAUUGUGUACUUCAUUGCGGGUGUGAAAAAGCUGGACGCAGACUGGAUGGAGGGCUACUCCAUGGAAUACCUGUCCCGGCACUGGCUUUUCAGUCCCUUCAAGCUCUUACUGUCCGAGGAGAUGACUAGUCUGCUGGUGGUGCACUGGUGCGGACUGCUGCUCGACCUCUCAGCCGGUUUCCUGCUCUUCUUUGACGCCUCAAGAUCCAUCGCCUUCCUCUUCGUGUCCUACUUCCACUGCAUGAAUUCCCAGCUCUUCAGCAUUGGUAUGUUCCCCUACGUCAUGCUGGCCAGCAGCCCUCUCUUCUGCUCUCCCGAGUGGCCUCGGAGGCUGGUGGCUCACUGCCCGAAACGGCUGCAAGAACUGCUACCUCUCAGGACUGCCCCUCAGCCCAGUGCCUCCUGCGUGUAUAAGAGGAGCCGGGCCAGAGGUGGCCAGAAGCCAGGGCUACGCCAUCAGCUGGGCGCUGCCUUCACCCUGCUCUACCUCCUGGAGCAGCUCUUCCUGCCCUAUUCCCAUUUCCUCACCCAGGGCUAUAACAACUGGACAAACGGGCUGUACGGCUAUUCCUGGGACAUGAUGGUGCACUCCCGCUCCCACCAGCACGUGAAGAUCACCUACCGUGAUGGCCGCACCGGCGAGCUGGGCUACCUUAACCCUGGGGUGUUCACACAGAGCCGGCGCUGGAAGGAUCACGCGGACAUGUUGAAGCAAUAUGCCACUUGCCUGAGCCGCCUGCUUCCCAAGUACAAUGUCACUGAGCCCCAGAUCUACUUUGAUAUUUGGGUCUCCAUCAAUGACCGCUUCCAGCAGAGGAUCUUUGACCCUCGUGUGGACAUCGUGCAGGCUGCCUGGUCCCCCUUCCGGCGUACACCUUGGGUGCAGCCGCUGCUGAUGGACCUGUCUCCCUGGAGAACCAAAUUACAGGAAAUCAAGAGCAGCCUGGACAACCACACCGAAGUGGUCUUCAUCGCAGAUUUCCCUGGCCUGCACCUGGAGAACUUCGUGAGCGAGGACUUGGGCAACACUAGUAUCCAGCUGCUGCAGGGGGAGGUGACCGUGGAGCUGGUGGCAGAACAGAAGAACCAGACUCUUAAGGAGGGAGAAAAAAUGCAGUUGCCUGCUGGUGAGUACCAUAAGGUGUAUACGAUGUCACCCAGUCCUUCCUGCUAUAUGUACAUCUAUGUCAACACUACAGAGGUUGCACUGGAGCAAGACCUGGCGUAUCUGCAAGAAUUGAAGGAGAAGGUGGAGAAUGGAAGUGAAACAGGGCCUCUGCCUCCAGAGCUGCAGCCUCUGCUGGAAGGGGAAGUCAGAGGGGGCCCUGAGCCAACACCGCUGGUUCAGACCUUUCUUAGACGCCAGCAGAGGCUCCAGGAGAUUGAACGCCGACGAAAUGCCCUUUUCCAUGAGCGACUCCUACGCUUCUUGCUGCGAAAGCUCUAUAUCUUUCGCCGCAGCUUUUUGAUGACCUGUAUCUCACUUAGAAAUCUGGUAUUAGGCCGCCCUUCCCUGGAGCAGCUGGCCCAAGAGGUGACUUACGCAAACUUGCGACCCUUUGAGCCAGUUGGAGAGCCGAGUCCUGCAAACACAGAUUCUAACCCUUCACAUCCUGGUCUUUCGGAGCCAGAUUCUGACCCUGUCCACUCAGAGCUCUGAGGGAGGCCAGGUGUUGGGUACGGAUGUGGGAGCAGCAGUCCCAGGACCAUGACCUAUGCAGUGGACAUUUGAACAAAUUACUUCAGAUUUUUUUUACCCUUUUCUUCCUUAUCCAUAGCUCUAAUAAAUUCGAAGAUGAUAGAUUAGAGGAACCAAGGAAAUACAGCAAGGAUAAGAUUUAUCAAUCCAAGGGUGAGGGGCUUGGGGAGGGGGGUUAAAAAACAAUGUGCAAAUGUCUUUCUAGGAUAACAAGGUGAGAACCAGGUUUAAGGUGAGCAGCUCCUUGGUGAAAGAGAUGUUAUGUUCUAUGAUGAACAGAACCGCUGGCUGCUGUCAGGUGUUCGCCAUGUGGUGGGCACUGUGUGAAGCACCGGCCAGCACUACUACACUUAGUCCUUAGCAGCCAUAAGCCCUGUUUUACGGUUGGGGAAACUGAGGCCGAGAGGUACUAUAAUUUGCUCAGAGACAUAUACCUAAUAAGGAUGGACCAAUGGUUUGAACCUCAAGUCUGACUUAAGGUCCUGCACUCUGCUUCUUGUAAUUUUCAGAAUCACUAACAAUAAUUCUGAAAUAACGUAGUUUAAAACUUGUCUACUUAUGAAGUACGAUUAGGAUAGUGAUCAGGUUUUAAAUGCACAGAGUAAUUUUCUCUUCACUGCUAUUUUGGUUCCUUCUUUUUUCCUAUAGUUAUACAGCCAGUACGUUUUUCACUAGCAGUUACGAGCAUAGUUCGAAUAGCACAAAGUUAAACUAAUAAUGAAAUGUAGAUGAUUAGUAGUGGUAUUUACCUAAAAGUAAGCUUAGUAAUUAGCAUUAUUCUAGCCUUUAAUGAGCAGGAGGUGAUGUAAAGUAAGAUUUAAGCAAACUUAGUGAGAGAUUCGGGAAUGUUUACAGUCCCUUUGUAGACUUUGGAUGUGGAAGGUUUGGAUGUAAUUCAGGCAGAUCCUCAAUUCUGUGAAAAUUCAAAGGCCUGGCACUGGGCUAGGAAGCGAGUGUUCAUCGAGUAAUU